CCGGGUGUUCGCCGCUGGAGCUCCGGGUCGAGAGGACGGGGUGCAGCUGCCGGGAGAAUCCUCCACUGCCGCCGGCUCCCGGAGCCCAGCCCUUUCCUAACCCAACCCAACCCUGUCCAGUCCCAGCCGCCAACGCCAGUCCCUGCCGUGGACCCCGGCGUUACCAUGAGUCCUGCCGUCUUCCUAUCCUUAUCCGACCUCAGAUGCUCCCUGCUGCUCCUGGCCCUACCUGGUUCAGUGCUUCCAUCCCCAUAGGUUCUUAUCGAAGGACUUCGGUGAGCUUGUGGGAGAGCACGUGGAUGUGUUCCUGGUGAGCUGUACAUGAUAGAGUUGUGAUGAAUGUGUAGAAGGUAAAGGUAACUUGGGUUCUUACCCCUGUAACAACUGAAAUAACAAGUCUUGAUACAGAGAAUAUAGAUGACAUUUUAAACAAUGCUGAUGUUGCUUUAGUAAAUUUUUAUGCUGAUUGGUAGGUAUUAUAAUUUCCGUUUUAGGUUGAGGAAAUUGAGGCUCAGAAAGGUCAGACGGCUAGUAAGUGGUGGAACUGGGAUUUAAACUCAGGUGUCGUUUCAGCCAGAUGUUGCACCCAAUUUUUGAGGAAGCUUCCAAUGUCAUUAAGGAAGAAUAUCCAAAUGAAAAUCAAGUAGUGUUUGCCAGAGUUGAUUGUGAUCAGCACUCUGAUAUAGCCCAGAGAUAUAGGAUAAGCAAAUACCCAACCCUCAAAUUGUUUCGUAAUGGGAUGAUGAUGAAGAGAGAAUACAGGGGUCAGCGAUCAGUGAAAGCACUUGCAGAUUACAUCAGGCAACAAAAAAGUGACCCCAUUCAAGAACUUCAUGACUUAGCAGAAGUCACCACUCUUGACCGCAGCAAAAGAAAUAUCAUUGGAUAUUUUGAGCAGAAGGAUUCAGAAAACUAUAGAGUUUUUGAAAGAGUAGCAAAUAUUUUGCAUGAUGAUUGUGCCUUUCUAGCUGCAUUUGGAGCUAUUUCAAAACCAGAAAGAUACAGUGGAGACAACAUAAUCUACAAACCACCAGGGCAUUCUGCUCCAGAUAUGGUGUACUUGGGAUCUAUGACAAAUUUUGAUGGGACUUACAAUUGGAUUCAAGAUAAAUGUGUUCCUCUUGUCCGAGAAAUAACAUUUGAAAAUGGAGAGGAAUUGACAGAAGAAGGACUGCCUUUUCUCAUACUCUUCCACAUGAAAGAAGAUACAGAGAGUUUAGAAAUAUUCCAGAAUGAAGUAGCCCGACAAUUAAUAAGUGAAAAAGGUACCAUAAACUUUUUACAUGCUGACUGUGACAAAUUUAGACAUCCUCUUCUGCAUAUACAGAAGACUCCAGCAGAUUGCCCUGUAAUAGCUAUUGACAGCUUUAGGCAUAUGUAUGUGUUUGGAGACUUCAGGGAUGUAUUAAUUCCUGGAAAACUCAAGCAGUUCGUAUUUGACUUACAUUCUGGAAAACUACACAGAGAAUUCCAUCAUGGUCCUGACCCAACUGAUACAGCCCCAGGACAGGAAGUCCAAGAUGUAGCAAGCAGUCCACCUGAGAGCUCCUUCCAGAAACUAGCACCCAGUGAAUAUAGGUAUACUUUAUUGAGGGAUCGAGAUGAGCUUUAAAAACUUGGAAAAACAAUUUGCAAGCCUUUCAAACAGCAGCAUCAACUUACAUGGUGGAAAUAGUAAACCUAUAUUUUCAUAAUUCUAUGUGUAUUUUUAUUUUGAAUAAACUGAAAGAAGUUUUGGGCUUUUAA